AUGGCCAUCUGCCAGUUCUUCCUGCAGGGCCGCUGCCGCUUCGGGGAUAGGUGCUGGAAUGAGCAUCCUCGGGGUGGCGGCCGCGGCCGCUCCGGUUCCUCUGCCUCCCAGCACCAAGGAGGAGGAUGGGGUACCACUAAUCAGAGAUACACUAAUGUUAUCCAGCCAUCUACCUUUAAGUCUAAUUCAUGGGGUGGCAGCAGAGAUCAAGGAAGAGGAUUUUUUGGCUCUUCAGACUUUGGGUCGUCAGUUGACAGCAGCGGAAAUGCAGGCUUUUCACAGAACAGAUUCUCUGCAUUAGCAAACAGUCAAAAUACUGCUGAUGGCUAUAAAGAUGAAGAGGAGAAACUUCUGGAGUGUGUAGUGAAAGACAUGGAAAUUUGGGAAUCUUCAGGACAAUGGAUAUUUUCAUCUUAUUCACCAAUGAAAGGAAAACCAAAUAUCUCAGGCUUCCCAGAUUUCUCACCAGAAGAGUUGCAUCUGGAGUAUUACAUGUGCAGAGCAAAUAAUAACGUUCAGAACUAUAUAAAUUCUAUCCAGCAGUUAGCAACACAAUGGAAGACUCGUCUGUUGCAGUUAAAAGCUUUAGAUGCAUCAACAAGAGCAACUUUGCUCUCUGAAUUAAAGAACACUGUCACUCAGCCAGUGCCUACCUUUGGAUUUGGAGGGCAGAUAACAUCAACCUUUGGGUCAUCAAGCUUUCCUGUGAACAGCAGCAGUAACAGCGCAAGCACUUUCUCCUUUAAAACAAGCACCGGUCUCAGCAGUGGAUCAUCUGGGAACUCCUCUGCUUUUGGGAGCUCUUCCGCUGGCGUCACCUCAUCUCCAAGCAUAUCCCAUUCUGUUGGGUUUGGCAGUCCUACAGCUCCAUCUGCAGCCUCCUUCUCAUUUAAAACUUCAGAAACAAAUAGUGGAUUUGGAACUUCAGGGUUUUCAGGGUUUGGCAGUUCUUCUGCUGUGAACUCUUCAAGCACCACUCCAUUAACAGCCUUUGGAUCUUUUAAUGUGGCAGUAGCAGCUUCUCCCUCCCAUUCAAGCAGUACUUUAUUUGGGCAGACUGCCAGCACCUCUGGACAGAAUAUAACAUCAGUGUCUCUGGCAGUCACAAACAACGCUACAUCAGAGAAGUUAUUUACACCAAAGAGCGAAUUAUCAGCUGAAGAGCUGAAACAGUUUGAAGCAAAGAAGUUUACAUUAGGAAAGAUUCCUCUUAAACCACCACCAUUAGAAUUUUUAAAUAUUUAGGACUUUUAAGUUUAUUCUAAAAUGGUUUUGUAACAUCUCAAGAUAACUUAACCAUACGAUAUUGU